UAUCUCCUUGAUGAGUUUUUUUUCCUUCAUGCUCACAAAGGAACAUCACAAAUAACAUUUUCGUGCGUUCUCACGCUAGAGCGCUAUGAACACACAUCCUGCCACUGCUUCUCAUGCAGUAACAUGAGCUUUUAAUUUGCCCUCUCUCUCCGUCGUCCUCAGGUUGAAUUACUGUUCACCUGCUGUGUUUCCAAUGGAAUUCCGUGCAUGCUUUAACUUACGGUGGAAGCUGCCCCAGUCUGUCCUGAAAAGAUCCCCUUGUCCAUUAGAAGCAGUGCCCUGUUUUGCCUCUGAGCAUAAAUGAAGCCGUAGUGUGGAACUGUACGAGUCAGCAGUGCUGGAAGCAACGCGUGGCAAAGCCCAGCCCCUGUGCCCGGGAAGCUGCCCUCGGGGACACGGCACAAAAUGAUGUAACCUGGUGAAAAUACCUGCAGAAAUAAAGGUGCCCCCGUCGCCCACUGCAGCGCGGUGCCGUCGGCGCAGCCCCUCCUCGAGACCCGACACCGUGACGAGAGCUGCCGAGGGGAAGGGAUAGAGCUGCUUGUCUGCCAAGACUUCCAGAGUCUUCCCAGUUCACCGGGGAAGAGCUCCAGCCCUCGUGGAUUCCAAGGUUUCCAAUAGGAAGCAUUUCUGGGCCGUGUGUGCGGGCAGCUCCCGAGGAUGGCGAGCAAAGGACCCGCGACGUCCGCGUCGCCGGAGAGCUCCAGCACUGGAGGGACCAGCGGCAGCAGCAACGGGGCUGGGGACAGCACCAGUCAGGACAGCACCUUCGAAUGCAACAUCUGCCUCGACACGGCCAAGGACGCGGUUAUCAGCCUCUGUGGACACCUCUUCUGCUGGCCUUGUUUACACCAGUGGCUGGAGACCAGGCCAAACAGACAAGUGUGUCCGGUUUGCAAAGCAGGAAUCAGUCGAGACAAAGUUAUUCCUCUGUAUGGAAGAGGCAGCACUGGGCAACAGGACCCCAGAGAGAAAACUCCACCCCGACCCCAAGGGCAGAGGCCUGAACCAGAGAACAGAGGGGGAUUCCAGGGCUUUGGGUUUGGCGAUGGCGGCUUCCAAAUGUCGUUUGGAAUUGGGGCCUUUCCCUUUGGUAUAUUUGCCACAGCAUUCAACAUAAAUGACGGGCGACCUCCUCCAGCUGUUCCAGGGACUCCUCAGUAUGUGGAUGAGCAGUUCCUAUCCCGCCUCUUCCUGUUUGUGGCUCUGGUGAUAAUGUUCUGGCUGUUGAUUGCAUAAAUCUUUUCCAUUAUUCCAUAUAUUCCUGGCCAGCAAGGCCUCUGAAACAGUUACAAACUGCACCCCCUUCCCAUGUUAAACCUCUUGGUGUCUGGUUCCAUAGUUAAUCGCAGGUUCCAGAAAUUGGUGGUCCCACAGCACAAUGAGGAAUCUCACGUUUUGCACCCGAGUUGGAAAUUAAACGUUGGUUUGAAAGCGUAUUUCAGCUCAGCUCUCUCGUACAACGGGUUCCUGCCGCAAACCAUGGGCCUAGCUUUGAGCUCCACUUCUACAGGGAGUGCUGCUUUGAAAUCCUGUGCCAAUCGGUUACAACAGGGUUACGUGAAAGACAGUUGCCCCGAGGGAGGCUGGGCAGGUAAGCAACGCUCUGCAGCGUGAUCAGUAUCUCGUGCCGGCAGCCACAACGGAUCAGCUGGAUCUGUGGAUAUUGUUUAAUGUCCUCCCAUCAACAUCCAGCCUUCCUCAGGAGGCCACUGGCAGCUCUGCGGAGACUCCUCGGGCACGACUUGUGGAACUAACUUUGGAGACUGGUUUCUUUCCUCGCAGUUUGAUGGAGUGAUGGGAAAAUCCCUGCUGAAGCAGUCUCAGUGGCCGUUAUAAGAAUGGAUACAAAUUUAUGAUGCAUUUUUGCAAAGCCUGGAUUUGUUGGAGCCAGACACUGGAAGAUGCUCUCGUCCUGGAGCUGCUGGGGCUGAUGAACAGUGCGACACGGCGCUCUGCCUCGCCCAGCUCCGUUCCCCACUGACAAAACAGUGUUGUCUUCCUUGGUUCUACACGGCAGCCUGCGGCUGCGCUCACGGAUGACCCCCUCACCUUGUCGCUGUAGCUACGUUUCCUUUCCUCGAGGCUGUGAGACCAUAAGCAAGAUCAUGUACUCCAAAUAAAAUCCUAUUAACAGAUCUGAGAGCAGCUUCUUGGGGGAGAGGAUCCAGGGACACUUUCUUUAAAGAGAGUUUUGGAUUGGACUUGUCAGGCUGUAAAAUUCUAUAGGAGGGGAUAUGAAAUCCUGCCUUUGCUAGGCACAGUAGGGAGCACUUGGAAGUGUUUCUCCC